AUGGCCAACACUUGGCUGGAUGACGAGAUGAUCAACCCCGGGGUGCCUCGAAAUGGUGUGUUUCCUGUCUCUUCUUGUCCUCGCCUUCCUGCGCCUCCAGUUCCCGCUCGCCCACUCGUAUUGAAUGCCGACCGACAGGCCGCCAUCCUGCUGCGGUAUUAUGUCGAUGAGCUGGCGGCGCGAUUCGACCUGUGCGAUCCCCAGAGUCAUUUCACCCUGGUCGUGCCACAUCGCGCCCGAUCGUCCACGCCAUUGCGCAUGGCGAUCCUGACAACGUCCGCGCGACAUCUCGUGCGAUUACCGCGGCAUCGGAAUCACUACGGCGAGGUCGAGUGGCAGGGACACCGUCUUCGGGAGCUAACAGAGGAGUCCGCACUGGACUAUCACACAGUCUGCAUCCGAGACCUACUGGCGCUCAGUAUGGAUCCAGGGCAGAUCCACAACGAGAACCUCUUGGCGGCAGCGAUCAUUCUGCGCACCGACGAGGAGAUGGACGCGCCGCUGCGGGAGGAUCCAGAGGACCAGGAGGUGUUUCUCCGCAUGCUGAACGUCUUCAUCUCAGCCCAGGUGCCUUGCGUCGAGUCGCCCUGGUCGUCUCCCACUGAUCGUCUGCGACAGGCCGCUUUCUGGGUGGCGCUGCGCCAGGAAGUAUUGAGCUCCUUCAUGAAGCAGCGGGCGCUUAACUUCCCCUUGGCACACUGUCAUUCCUUUCGCUCGCUGUCUCCUACUACGGAUGACAUCUGGGCCAAUCGUCUCAUCAUCUUCUGUGCCGACGUGCUCGAAUACUGCUACGGCAGUCGGGACGCACCCCCCGUGCGAUCCGUCCAUCGCUGGAAAGAACUCAUGGCUUACCAGGACGAACUGCAUUCCUCGCUUCCUCCAUCCUUCGAUCCGCUCUAUUUGCGGGACCCUGAUGCUGACACUGACGAGAUUUUCCCUGAGAUCUGGCUACUAGACCGUAGUCACGUCACGGGAACGAAUCACGGCGACUUGGCGCGUCUAUUGCUGCUGGUAUUCGAUCCGACGAGACCGCAUCUGGGACCGGGAUCAGCGGCGGGACAUCGCGCGAUGAUGCAGGAUGUACGUGCUAUCGUGUGUCGGCUCUGCGGCGUAGCGUUGGGUCAUCGUCAUUCACCAUCAGCUUUCUUUGAGGCCCUGAUGGGCAUUAUUACUUGUGGGGAGUAUUUUGAAGAGUCACGAGAGCAGACUGCACUGCUGGAGGUACUGGCGGUGAUGAGGCGCGAACAUGCCUUUCCAACGGAGGGAGUUGAAGCCCGAUUGCGUAAGGCUUGGUUGUCUGAGUGUGCAGUAUAA